AUGAGAUAUUAUUGGAGGAAGAUGUCAAGAUUUAUCUUGUAAAAGAGCAGCUGCUGGCAGUAGCCGUCUCAAAACACAGGAGAGGAAUGGAUUACAUGUACAGUGUCCUUGUUUGCUCAACUCUUUUCUUAUCACUAGCUCUGGUUCUGUGCCUAAAUGGAAAACAGUGGGGAAAGGGAACCAAGAACCUGCCUCCAGGGCCUCCAGGAUGGCCACUUUUGGGCAAUAUUUUCGAUCUUGGAACCGUGCCCCAUCAAACUCUACAGGAGCUGAAGUUGAAGUAUGGACCUGUGCUCCGGUUAAGACUAGGAUCCAUGGAAACGGUAGUGAUACAGUCGACCAAGGCUGCGGCGGAGCUGUUCAAGAAUCACGAUGCCAGCUUCUGUGAUCGUAAGUGUCUUGAUGUAUUAACGAGUCAUAACUUCAGAGAUGGGUCACUUGCAGUUGGCCAGUUUAGCCCAUACUGGCGCAUGCUUAGGCGUCUUUGCUCGAUAGAAAUGAUGACCAAUAAGCGAAUCAAUGAGACAGCCUCCAUGCGGCGAAAGUGUAUUGAUCAAAUGAUAAGGAGUAUUGAAGAUAAUGCAGUAGCUGCAAAUGCAAGGGGAGAAUCAAUCGCAGUGAAUUUACCUCGCUAUCUCUUCAUAAUGGCAUUUAACGUAGUUGGGAACCUCAUGCUGUCACAAGACCUUUUGGAUUCGCAAAGUAAAGAAGGGUAUGAAUUUUUUCAAACCCUGGGAAAGAUUUUAGUGUGGGCAGGGAAGCCAAACGUAGCAGACUUUUUUCCAUUCUUCAAAUGGUUAGAUCCACAAGGACUAAAGAAGAACAUGUUGAAAGACAUGGGACGAGCAUUGGAGAUUAUUGAAGGGUUUGUGAAAGAGAGGAUUGAGAAGCACAAACCGAAUGAGGAGAAGGCUAAGGACUUUCUAGACACAUUGUUGGAAUUUGAAGGCGACGGAAAAGAUUGGCAGGAGAAGAUCCCAUAUGAAAAAAUCAUCAUAAUCAUAAUGGAAAUGUUUGUUGCUGGGUCAGAGACUACAAGCACAGUAAUAGAAUGGGUCAUGGCAGAGUUACUUCGCAAACCUGAAGCCAUGAGAAAGGUUAAAGAAGAACUCAAUGAAGUUGUUGGAGUAAAUAGAAAUGCUGAAGAAAGUGACAUAGAGAAGCUGCCAUAUUUGCAAGCUGUUUUGAAGGAAACACUACGGUUGCAUCCUCCAGUUCCUUUACUCGUUCCAAGAAACACAAUACAAGAUACAAAUUUCAUGGGGUACCACAUACCCAAAGAUACUCAAGUUCUUGUGAAUGUAUGGGCAAUAGGAAGAGAUCCAGAUUCUUGGGAAGAUCCAUUGUCCUUUAGGCCUGAGAGAUUUCUUGGUUCAAGUAUUGACUACAAAGGGCAAAAUUUUGAGCUACUUCCAUUUGGAUCAGGAAGGCGGAUUUGUGUAGGUAUGUUAUUGGCUCAACGAAUAGUUCUCCUUGGUCUGGCAUCUUUAAUUCACUGUUUUGACUGGGAACUUGAGAAGGAUUUAACCCCUGAAACCUUAGAUAUGAGAGAAAGGAUUGGGAUAUCAGUGAGAAAGCUUGUGCCUUUGAAUGUCAUACCCAAGAGACGUCCAAGGAAAGUGACUACCUGAAGAAUAUAUAUAUAUAUAUAUAUAUAUAUAUAUAUAUAUAUAUAUAUAUUUCAAGUUUAGUUUACAUAGGAGGAGCAUCUCCUAAUAAUUUAGGAUCCUCUACAUAGAUUGUGUUGUUGUGUAAUGUAUUGUAUGAACAAGAAUAAAUAUCAUGAACUUAAAUAAUCAUUUAUUUCUUUGAAGUUUUUAAUUAA